CGCCCCACGCAGGAAAUCAAAGAAAAAAGGUCCCGCGCUCACCCUUACCACUACCUUUCUCUUUGUUUACACUCGUUGCUGCCGACGCAUCCUUUCAUCUCUCACCACACACAAAACCCAUCAUGUCCGAUCGAGAGUUCAGCUCCAACGAUGACCUGUCGCUCCCCAAAGCGACGGUCCAAAAAAUCAUCACCGAAAUCCUCCCCCCCAGCAUGGGCCAGACUUUCUCCAAGGAUGCGCGCGAUUUGCUCAUGGAAUGUUGUGUCGAGUUCAUUACUCUGAUCUCGUCCGAGGCAAACGACAUCAGCGAAAAGGAAGCCAAGAAGACCAUCGCAUGCGAGCACGUUGAGAAGGCACUGCGGGAUCUUGGCUUUGCAGACUACAUCCCCGAUGUACUUGCGGUGGCUGAGGAGCACCGGGAGCAACUGAAGUCACGGGAGAAGAAGCAGAGCAAGAUGGAGCAGAGCGGCCUGUCCGAAGAGGAGCUCCUCCGGCAACAGCAGGAACUCUUCCGGUCUGCGACUGAGAAGUACAACGCAGGCCCGGAAUAAGAUGGCUUCUUGUCCAAGAAUGAGCUCAUGCUGGUCAUAGAGGAAAACGGUUGCCGGGCGUUAUUUGGCUGUCUUUACGAGAGGGUGCUUUCUUGGAGUUUUUUGAUGGUUCUUUAUCUUUGCCAGUGAUUUUCGGAGCAUGCAAUUCAGGCGCAAUACAACUAAUGACCUCUCUUGACAUUCAAUGCAUCAUGAAACCUCUGAACGAAUU